CUGACACACACUGCACUGGACUAAGAAGACACUCAGAAAUGUCAAAUUAGUUGAGACUGAAAGACCCCACGGACCUUUAGCUAUGAUACACAAACGGAAUGCAACUCACCACUGAUAGUGAACAACCCAGAGGACCAAUGGCUUAUUCACCCCAUGGUUGGUGGUCUAUCCUCAUUGGCAUCACUUUCCUGUGUGCCAUAGGGUCCAGUAGAGCUGAUAAGCCGUGUACUGCAUCAUCCAGCAUUGGGGACCUGGUCCUUCUGGGCUCCAGCUUCCAGGUGUUCUGUACCUAUCAGGCCAGCUGUGGAGCUUCCAAAUCAAUGCACAUAGACAAGAAGAAAACACAUCAAAUGCAGCCCUACAACUCUACAACUAUAUUCCUUAAUGUGACAAACAUAAGUAAAAACACAACGUACACCUGCUUGUGUGAAGGAGAACCUGAGCCUUGUGGACUCGACAUUGAUACUGGAUACCCACCUGACCUGCCAGAAAAUGUAACCUGCAUCCAGAAAGGAGAAUUUGGAGAGGUGAUGUGUCAAUGGAGGAGAGGAAGGGAAACUCACCUGACAACCACUUCAAAGCUCUGGGUGAGAGCUGUGUUUGGUAACAGCACAGCAGGAUCUGUAUCCUACCCUGGUUCUGGUUCCAGGUCUGAUCCUGGUCUAGUCUCAGCUCAUUUCUCUGUGUCUGGUUCUGUCCAGACUAAGUACUCCGUGUGGGCCAGCUCCUCUAACAAGCUGGGCUCUGCUGUGUCCACCACCCUCAACUUCACACUCAACCACAUUGUGCAGCCCAGGCCCCCUGCUGUGUCCCAGGUAGAGUGCUGGUCGCGGGGCUGUGAGGUCAGGGUGGAGGAGGCUCAGGGAGCUCAGCUCCUGGAGGUCCAGCAGAGAGCAGCCCAGGGACCAGGACCAUGGAUAUCACACCCAUACACUGCAGGUUCAGUGAGGAACCAGUCCAUUGUGUCUCUGCAGCCCUACACAGAGUAUGAGUUCCAGGCCAGGGUCAGACUGAGCCAUGAGAGAGGCAUCUGGAGUGACUGGAGCCCACCCCUCUCUAACCAGACACAGGAGGAGGCACCUGCCAAGGCCCUGGAUGUGUGGUACACAACCUCCAACUCUCCCAACAACUCCAUCACUUUACACUGGAAGAGGCUGAGUGACACAGAGGCCAGAGGGAGUAUCAAGGGUUACAAGGUCAUAGUACACGACACCCUGGCUGGGAAAUCUGAGGGCACCACCUCCAGUAAUAAUAUUUCAGUCCUGUCCUGCUCUCGCUGUGAUAUCACUGUCUACGCCCUGAACUCCAGAGGUUCCUCACCCCCUGCCCUUGUCACCAUUCCGCUCAGAGCAGCCAAGCCCCCUCAGUGCGUGACUUGUAGAAAUCACAGUAACCACAGCGUCACCAUCUCCUGGCAGAGGCCUGUAACUGCAGGAGCAGCCAGUGGGACAGGGUAUGGGCCAGUAAUUGGCUACCUGGUGGAAUGGUUCCCUGUAGGCAGACAGGUGGAGGAGCUCAGGUGGAAGAGACUGGGUCCUAAUGAAACCCAUACUGUCAUUAGAGAUAACAUUAAGCCGCUAAAGUGCUAUGAGGGAGCAGUUUAUGCUCUGUAUGAGCAGGCAGUGGGCAGGGCCCAGUUUGAAGACUUCCACACCUGGGAAUCAGUGCCGUCUGCGGGUCCGUCUGUCUAUCAGCCGGUGGUGGAGGGGGACAGAGUGACAGUGUCCUGGUCAGAGGUCCCUCAGGGAGACAGGAGGGGCUGUGUCAUCAACUACACCAUCUAUGUGGAAAACUCAGAGGGAAAAGAUGUCGGAAACUACGUCUGCAGAGCAUCAGAGAGGUCCUUCACCAUCAGGGGCCUGCCCUCAGCAGAGUACCGUCUAUGGAUGACCGCAUCGACCGCCUCAGGACAGAGCCCCAAAACCAGACAAUCUGUCCACUUUUUCAUCAAACCUCAAAACAGCUGGCUGUAUACCAUGGUCCUGGUAGGGAUCACCUCCUUCCUGGUGUUCUUCCUGGUGUUCUUUGUCCUGCUGUGUCUGUACCAGGUCUCCUCGUUACGACAACGAGUCUCAACACUCGUCCACUGCCUCAUGCCAGAUAUCGUUCCUGAUCCGGCCAACAGCAAAUGGGCAAAGGAGUGUGCCAAAGAGAAGGGUGAGUUGACCCUACACCUCUACCUCAGUGAGUCCAGUGUCAGUGAAGAGGAGGAGCCAGACACUGUGGAGGUCCAGGAGCUGCCUGAGGGCAGCUGGAUCUCAGGGAACCCAGCACAGCGCACUGACAGCUCCAGAACUCUAGAGGGUGCCAUUCACCCCUCCUCACAAGUCCUCUUCAUGCCCCAGCAGAUCCCCGCGACAGACCCAUCAACAACAGCCUACUUCCAGAGCUCCUACCUCAAGAGCUUCUCCCAGGAGUCAGGCUCCUCAGGACAGACACAGGACUCCCAGGGAACAGAUAUGACUGUAGAAUACAUCUCAACACACGUCCUGGGGAGCAGAGAGGAGAAGGAAGAGGAAGGUCUGGAUGUGAUGGGAUUCUUCCCCUGUCCACAGAACCCCCUGAGCCCGUUCAUGAACCCUUUGGUGUCGUUCGGAGGGAAGCUGACUCUGGAUGCAGUCAGGAUCGACUGCAGUGAGUUCUUAGACUGAGGGGAUAGACAGACAGCCAUAUAAAAUAAACCCAGGAGCAUGUUGUGUAAAGACCCUGGAUUUGGUGAGUGCAUUGCAAGCACAUCCAAGUGCUAAAUUGAGAUAGCUUGCUUUGGGACCUGCCAGAAGGUUUGAACUUCAAUGCCGACCUCUGAAGUCUUAUUCUAGUUCAGUUAAUCAGACCUGAAGAUGUGCUUCUAUGAACACUGAAUUACAUGACUGGAACUUUUCCAGACUUUUCCAAGAAAAUGAAAGUAUCAUAAUCUUGAUUGAAAGUACACUUCAGUCCAGGAAAAUGUUUUAUGUGGGUCUUUGAAAUCAGACCUAAAUGUUUUAAUUUCAGUGUAUCAUGACUAUGAUUCUCACUAACUAAUCAUUAUAAACAGUUAUAUUGCAUUACAGUACAAUAGUACACUAUCUAUCAGAGAGGGGAAACUACAAUCCUCGGGGGCCGGAGUGGUGUAACACUUUUUCACCAUAGCAAACACAGGUGAUUACACUAAUUGCAUUCUAAACUGAAGAUUAUGAUUAGUUUAUUAUUGGAGUCAGGUGUUAGCUGGGGCUGGGGCAAAUGUGUGACAUCAGUCAGGCCCCCGAGGACUGGAGUUGCCCAUCCUAGAUCUCUGUCUUGGAUAACACAAAAGGUCAAUACAAUACAACUCACAUUUCCCCCAGUUUACAGGGACUGUAAGCAAUGAGCCUUUCUGAAAUAAACCAUGAGUGUUAUGUAAAAUGCACUAUGCGUUCAUA